UGUGUCCAUCGCUUCAUAUCCACAUAUCAGUUGAAUAGUAACACAAAGCCACAAGCUUCUCCUGCUUCUGGGACUUGAAGCCCUUCAGAAAAUGUCACUGUGCUUCUCCUCCACCGCAUUCAGUCUUUAUUCAGCAAAAAACCAGAGCUUCUUAACUCGUUUCUCUUCUCAGUUCACCAACCCAACUAAGGUAAACUCAUCUCUCUUUACUGGGUUCCCAUCAUCUCAGUUUAACUUAUCUGAAAUAGUUAAGUUCAGCAAAGAAAGACUAAAACCCAUUUCAGCUUCAACCACCCCAACUGCUGAAACGACCGUUACACCUUCAUUCAGAAACAAAAGUCCCAAAGACAUUAACAUUCUGGUUGUGGGUGCAACUGGGUACAUUGGGAAGUUUGUGGUUAAGGAGUUAGUGGAUAGAGAGUUCAAUGUUAUAGCCAUUGCUAGGGAGAAGAGCGGGAUUAGAGGUAAGUUUAGUAAGGAUGAGACUUUGAACCAGUUGAAAGGAGCCAAUGUGUGCUUUUCGGAUGUUACUAAUUUGGAUAGUUUGGAGAAAUCUAUAGAGGACAUGGGUGUUCCAAUUGAUGUGGUUGUUUCUUGCCUUGCUAGCCGUAGUGGUGGUGUUAAGGAUUCUUGGAAGAUUGACUAUGAGGCAACAAAGAACAGUCUUGUUGCCGGUAGGAAUCGUGGGGCUUCACAUUUUGUGUUGCUUUCUGCAAUAUGUGUGCAGAAGCCUCUUCUUGAAUUCCAGCGCGCGAAGCUGAAGUUCGAGGAUGAGUUGAUCAAGGAAGCUGAGAAGGACAGUGGUUUCAGUUAUACUAUUGUGAGGCCAACUGCAUUCUUUAAGAGCUUAGGGGGUCAGGUUGAGUUGGUGAAAGAUGGGAAGCCGUAUGUGAUGUUUGGGGAUGGGAAGUUGUGUGCUUGCAAGCCAAUUAGCGAGGCGGAUUUAGCCUCGUUUAUUGCUGAUUGUGUGUUGAGUGAGAAUAAGAUUAACCAGAUUUUGCCUAUUGGUGGACCGGGAAAGGCAUUGACACCAAUAGAGCAAGGGGAGUUGUUGUUUAGACUUGUGGGGAGGGAACCCAAGUUUUUGAAAGUUCCCAUUGAGAUAAUGGACUUCGCUAUUGGGGUACUUGAUUUCCUUGUAAAGAUAUUUCCUUCACUGGAAGAUACAGCUGAGUUCGGGAAGAUUGGAAGGUAUUAUGCCGCUGAGAGUAUGUUGGUUUUGGAUCCUGAGACCGGAGAAUACAGUGCUGAGAAAACACCAAGUUAUGGCAAGGACACAUUGGAAGACUUCUUCCAGACUGUGCUGAGAGAGGGGAUGGCUGGCCAGGAAUUGGGGGAACAAACAAUUUUCUGAGAUUGUGCUGUGCCAAGUGUUGUACAUUCAAUUUCUCAAUUGGUUCGGCCAAUUUUGUACUAUAGUCUGCUUCAAGGUAUGCCGUUCCUUAUCGGUCCACUGUCUAUAUUUGUAUGAAUCACAAGCUAGUGAUUGUGAUUAUUGUUGUUACUUGCUUUACUCAUCAUCAAUGCAAGUCAUUAUAUCGUU